AUGUCCCAGGGAAAUUGGCAACAACAACAGCAACAGCAACUAAUUCAACAACAACAACAGGCCGCACAGCAACUGACUCAGCAACAAGCCUAUAAUACACAGGGUCAGUUUAAAUAUCCACAAGACGAAAAUAACGAUUAUUAUUAUAAAUCCAGUCGAAACUCGGCGGAUCUAUCCAGGUUAUCAGGAGAGUAUACCAGUAGAGACAUGGACGGCGCUUCCGUCCUUUCCUAUAACACUUCAUCCGAUCAACAUAACAAAAAGGGCGUGGUAGGCUUGUUAACGCAAAUGCGUACAAGAGCGAGUGGAAAUACAUACAUGGCCCCUUUGGAUCAGAACAAACAAAAUACAAAAGUCGCCAAAAUGAAGAAAGAUAUCGCCGAUGCUGACAAUGAAUACCGAGAAGGCAUUUUAGUACUGGAAAGCUUGAGGAAAAAGCAAACCAAAACAACAGAUGAAGUGAACAGGCAACUCAAAUGCACAAUCAAACGAAAAACAGAUGCUGUUCAAAACUCUUUGACGAAUAUCCUUCAAUCUGAGCUGGAAACGUUAAAAGUCGAAAUCGAGAUUGCCAGUGGAUCGUAUGCAGCAGCAGCUAAUAUUGACAGUAUGAAGGACAUCCAAAUAUUCUCAAUGCAUUAUCAAGCCCAAGGCUAUAUUGCACCUACACCUGUUCGAUACGAAAAUUAUUACCUGGAAGGAAAAUGUAAAGAGGUGUUAUUUGGAGGAUCCUUGGAAAGCUAUGCAAUUGAGCAUAACAAGACCGUCCCAAUGAUUGUGACAAAAUGCAUAGAUGCUAUCCUUCAGAAGGAAGGUUUAUACCGAGUGUCAGGUCGACAAUCGAAUAUUGAACAACUUAAGCAUCAAUUUGAAUUGGACGAAGAAAAAUUAGUGUUGGACUCAAAAUACGAUGUAUUUACAAUCGCUACUGUAUUAAAAAUGUAUAUUCGGGAGCUCAAAAGACCCUUAUUCGACUUUAAUGUGCAAAGCCGAUCGUGUUAUAGCAAAAAUAUGCCACAAAAUCAGAGAUUUAUCUUGUUGGAAAACAAAUUGGCCAGUUUAUCAUUGGCUCAUAGAAGUACUUUAUGCAGUAUCGUCCGCCAUUUAUCAAAAGUCAAUGCCAGUAGUGGCCUAAAUAAAAUGAAUAUUCAAAACCUAGCGUUGAUUUUCACUCCAGUCAUCUUUCACGAUUUCAACCAAACCGAUGAUAGUUCGAUAAGCGACUGGUCACCCGAGGAUUUGUUCGAGGACUUAAUCCUUCAUUUUGAAUAUCUCUUCCCCAUUGCUGAAGAAAAUGCUAGAAAGAACAACGAACACAAGUUGAACCAAGCUAUGAAUGGUAAAAGCCCCUACAGCCAAUUCUCUCAAAGCAAUCUGCUGUAUAUCAGUAAUCCCAUCUUAGCCACAUCCACACUGCCCAACACCAAUAACAUGCUGCUGACACAACCCAUGAAUCCUGCUAUGCUUAUGAAUAAUAAUGGACCUGAUUCUCCCGGUGGGCCUAAUAGCAACAGUAAUUUAUCAGAACAACAACAGUACGUCAGUCCUUACCCACCCAAUUUAACCACUAUUAUUGGGACUGCCCCACCCAAUUUGGUCUCUCAGCAAGCCCCACAACGUCUCGCUUCUCAACCACAACCUUAUAGCACCGGUCCAGCAAUAAGGUCUGUGCAUACCGCCACCGACUCAAAUGCAAGAAUUAUCCCCCCUCGAUAUCAAUCAGAUACUACAAACCCUUCCUAUCAACAACAGCAACAACAGAUGGCCAUGAAACGCUCGACAUCGGAAACGACCGGGAUGCAACGAGGUUCAUCCAUUACACAUACAGCGGAUAAUGUAAAUAAUUAUGGUUAUCAUGGACCUCUUUCCAGCAGCAACAGCAACAGCAGUAGUAACAACAGUCCUUUACCCGGUCGCAUCAACCAAGAUACACCACUACCCUUAUUAACAAAACGAAAUAGUAGCACACCCAUUCAACAAAAGCCAUAUGCUCCGCCUCGACAAGAUUCUCUGAGAAAGCUUUCGGCAGCAGGGAUAGGUCGAAGUGAACAGCAUAUUGGAGAAAGUGCGUCAUCCGAACAACAACAGCAACAGACAGAAUCACCUACUUCAGCCACCCCUUCUAAAAAAGAAGUGCCUCAUCCCAUCAUUACACAGCAACAACAUCAAUAUUAUCAGCCUGAACUAAAUCAGGAUUUUAUGCUUCCUUCCGUGACAGAAGUCAAUAUGGAUUCACUUCUUGAUUAUUAUUCCCCAGUGACUAGUGAACUAAAAACACCAGCCAAAUAA